GCUCUAUGUGAUAGCGCUAUUCGCAAUACACUAUGCUUUCGAGUUACGGGGCCCUGUAUUCUUCCACAGUUCAUCAAGGAGCAGCUGAAGCCAGUGGUUCACACUGAGGAACAGUUUCUAUUCAUCUGCCAUCUGGUGGGGCCAUUUCUACAGAGGUUUUAUGCUGAGAGAACCAGGUGUUUGUUAGAGUUUGUGGUGGACCUGUACGAGAUACUAGAGAAAGUGGACAAGGCGUGUGAACACCUAUUUCACAUGGAUUCUAUCUCAGAUUUCCUUUAUCACAUCAAGUAUAUGUUUGUAGGAGAUGGAGUGAAGGCCGAAGUGGAUAAAAUCAUAUUCAACUUGAGGCCAGCUCUAAAACUGAGGCUACGUUUUAUUUCACAGAGAGGCAAGGAAGAAACGCCUCAACCCAGCCAGUAACAGCAGCUUUGAUGGGCUCAGCAUUAUUAUAAUGAUUAUUGACCUUUGAUCUUACAGGAUUAUGUGAGGUGGCUAUGUACUGUUGAUAAGGUUUUUAGAAUCAUCUUUUGCCAAAGAUAAUUUGAUAUUUUUUUGUAAAUCAGAGUUCAGAUCUGUUGGUUAAAGAACCUUUUUCCAAGUGACAGACUACCAAGUAAUCAGCCCAGUCAGGAGAGAGAGAACUUAAAGGGGGGGAUGUGAUCUCCACAAAAGGUGGCAGUAUUUGUGACAUGCUUUGAGAUGUCGUGUUAAUAAAUAAGGGAUCAAAAAAUUGUAUUUACAGUUAAGAG